GCUUGUUGGCUACUUAUUCCUUAUUCUAAAUUACUUUAUCCCCGAGUCAGACAGUGAAGAGUUAUGCCAUUGCCAUGUAUGACAUGUCAUGAAUUUCCAUCCAAGAAAAGAAAACUUUUCCUAUCAAUUUGAUGUUUAUGGACCCAGAAGACCGUAUUCAGAGCGUUUUCAUAAUGUAGGAACUGAUUCACAUACUGUUCCGUUAACAGUGGUACCAGAGACUUUCAAUAGAUGUCGGCAUUCACGUUGCCGACCAUACAAAAAUCAGAUGGAUCUCAACGUCAGUAAAACGCAGCCAACUUGGGAUAGUAGAAAUCUUGCUGAAACAAGACAGUCUUGUGUUUCAGGUAGGGGGUCGCUUGUAAGGAAAGUAAACUAUCGACAAAGAGUAUGUGGUAGAGGCAGAGGCAGGAGUUGUAGGAAUCAUAACAACAAGACACCGAAAACUGGAUAUACCAACCCACAUCCGUCUGACACAACUACUUCUACAUGCACUUUUGAUUCUGUUGAUAUUCCUUUCACAAGAGUGAAGUCUGUUAUUUUGGAUUGCUCCUCUAAAGAAUCAACUGAGAGCUGUUCUGGAGGUAGUGAUUCUAUGGCAAAAGGUGGCCGUGUCGUGAGGAAAUCAUUUACAUCUGUCAGGGAUAAAAAUUCAGAGAAGUCUGAUGAACCUGAUAAUAGUAAGAAAUGUGUGACAGUCUUGAAAGUAAGUGCUGCAGAUUCAGACCCUUGUUUGUCUGAAGAAGCCAAAGUAAGUCCCCAACCUGUGUCUCAUGAUGUUCCAGAUAUCCCAGAACUGAGUAUGUCAGACUUCACCAUUCAGUUUGAAAACAAACAGCCAAAAAAGCAAAAUAGAAGAAGGUAUGACAAAGAUCAGACUUUGUGUGGAAAUGAGGGAGUUAGUGUGCUCUCUCCAUUCAGUCAGAAAGCAGAUACGCCAGAACUUAGUAUGUCAGAUUUCACCAUCCAGUUUGAGGACGAGCAGCCAAUAAAACCUAAGAAAAGACGACAUGCUAAAGUUGUCUCUGAUAAGACAUUGUCCAGAAAUGUGGGAGUCCGUGUACCCACAUCAUCUGCUCAGAUACAAAACUCUUCAAAUCUUCCUGAAUUGGAUAUGUCUGACUUCACUAUACAGUUCGAAGAUGAGCAGUCGAAAGGUAACAAAAGGAGAAGGGAAAAAGUCUGCUCACCAAAAAAGAAUCGUAGGCGUAGCCGCUUGUCUAUUGAUAUAGAUCUUGCCAAUAUCCUCAUUAGUCCUGUAGUAGACAGUCCUGAUCUUCUACUUCCUAUGCCAAGCAUGCGACGCUCUUCAAGACUGCGAAGAAAAUCUGUUGAACUUUACCGCAAUUGUAUAAAAUCAGCUGAGAUAGUGUCUGACAUUGCAAACCAUGAACCAAAAGGAAACAAUUCUGAGCCAUCACUUUUGUCUACUGCUGCCUCUACGGCAAGUUGCAUUCUUUCUGAUUCUGAAAGUUGUAGUUUUUUACCAAAAACUCUAGAAUCUGGGUGUUCAGUGUCAUCAAAUCCCAGGGAUAGUCCUCAAGUACAUGUCAAAUGUAAUGAAGAAGAGGUGCCAACCCCUGAUUCUCGUAAAAUCGAACUUUCUACUACAAUGGAAUCAAAAGUAAAAUCAGUUGAAAUUGUUACUUGUAAUAGUCCAGGCAGUGGUAGGCCUUCGUGUAGUUCAGUCAAGUGUACUACUGCAUUGGAAUCUGGUUCAGAUGUCACAGAAACAGUUUCCUUGGUCAUGGAGGACAAUGUUUCCCAAGGAGAUACUAGUGAUUCUUUGGUAAAUUAUCUCAAGUCGAAUAAGCCUGCAGUCCAGAGUAAGGAGUGUGAUCUAAAACCUGCUUCUAAAUCGUCUACCAAGAGACCAGUGAGAACCAGACCACAGAGAAUUCUUCUCACACAAAGUCCAAGUACCCCUGAUGCACCAUCACCUCAGAUCAAGAAUUGUCGUCGAAAGAGUAAAGGAAAAGAACAAAAAAUAAACAUUGAGGAAUUGUACCGCAACAAAAACUUUAAAAUGCCUGAGGUGAGAUCAUGGGAGACCAUUUAUGAGAGUCCAGGUCCUGGUCAGGGAGACUUGGGGAAAAAGAAAUUGAAGCGCAGCCUGAUGUUUGAGGAGGAUCCAAACAUGCACGCGAAGUAUAAGAAGCGUCGCAAGAGAGCAAUUAAGAACGGGUGGAAACCACUCAGCAAAGCCAAGCUUGAGAAAGCAGAUAAAAAGUUGUUGGAAAAGUUGAAAACAUUUGAAGAAGAACUUGAACUCCUAAAAAUAGAAAAUUCAGAGGUUGAAGGCAUCUCCACGAUAGGGUCAACUCCGACUGCAGUAGCCAACUUGGUGGGCUUCCGCUGUGUUGAGAAGGAUGUCUUGUCCCCUGCUGUAAAAUCUGACUCUGUGGCCAUUGGGGUAAUCUGUAAAAGUUCCGAGUCCAGUCCUCUGGUGAAUCCUGGAAUUGAUGUUGCCUGCCUUGAAGGAGAUGUCUCUGUCCCGUGUGAUGGCUCUACUGAUUCAAAUUGGCUCGAGGAUCAGCGUAUUCGAAAUAUUUGCCAAACCAAGACCAAUUCUCCUGAAGAUUCAGAGGUUCUCCCCUUAGAUGGCACUGGCAGCAAAAGUCCGACAAAUGAUGUGGCACCGUGUAAGUCUGCAAACGUUGAAUCUCCAGAGGCAGCAGAAGUAGUUGAGAAGGAGGAAAAGAAAAAGGAAUCGUUGAAAGACCAAUCUUAUUCUGCUUCAACUCCGAACAGUGUACCUAAUCAGCCCUCUGAAAGUGAUACAGAUGAUGACCGAGCAAGAACUUACUGGGAAAAAAUGAACAUUUUUCAAAAUAUAUUUGCUUAAAAAAUGUACUCUUUGUAUGUCCACCCUCAUGUUAUCACAUAUUAUGAGGUGGCAAUGUGUAACUAACUUGCUGUACAUAAUUUUAGGGCUGCCUCAAGUGGGAUCUGAGUCUUAUACAUGUAGAUGACUCCCGACUACAGAAUGAUAAAACAAGAUAGCAACUUUGGGUUCUCCAACCACCCCACAUGAAAUCAUCCAUUCACAAUCAAAACACCACAAUUUUCAUGAAAAUACAUAUAAAAUUGUGUUUUGAUCAUGCAAAGGCAAAUUGAUGUGGGUUCUUUGGUGUACCAUUGAUUGGCCAACCCAUGGUUUCUGCCUCAAGUGCCGUUUUUAUCCAAUGACAUUU